CCGGCCCGACCGGUGGCAUAGCUAUAAAACGUCAGCCCCUCCCAGCCCUUCCUAUUUCUUCCAGGGCAGCGAGCGUCAGGUCUAGUCUCAGACAGAAUGGUACCGAAGUUUGCCUUAGUGUUGGUCCUGCUGCCCCUGGCUUUGGCCUGGCCGAUGGAGGUGAAGGACGAUGAGAAGGAGAUGAUGAUGAAGUACAUGAUGGCAACAGAGGGCAAAGAAGACAACAAGGACAUGAUGAUGAAGUACAUGAUGGCAACAGAGGGCAAAGAAGACAACAAGGACAUGAUGAUGAAGUACAUGAUGGCAACAGAGGGCAAAGAAGACAACAAGGACAUGAUGAUGAAGUACAUGAUGAAGAAGAUGGCGGAGGAGAAGAAGGAGCACUAUGCCGGGGAUGCUGAUGGAUGUAAGGCUGAUGACGAUGCUGAGUGGAAGGUCUGGGUCAAGAAACAGCAGGAGGAGAAGGCCGAGAAGAUGAAGGAGGAGUAUAAGAAGUUUAAGGAGUUCAUGGCUCACAAGAAGAUGAUGGAGGAGAAGAAGAUGGAGGAGAAGAAGGAACAGAUGUAUGAGAUGUGGCAGAAGCAGAAGGAGAUGAAGGAGAGGGAGGAGAAGGAAGGGGAGUUCAAGGAGAUGAUCGAGUCCUUCCAGAGCCAGAAACACAAGUUCGCCUUCCAGCUGACUCAUGAGUUCCUCCAACUGUGCCAAUGCAAUGAGGUCUCAGAGCAGAUGGAAAAGCUUUCGAUGUUCACCAUCCGUAACGGCACUGACCUGAUGGACAACAUGACUUCAAGCAACGUGAGCAUGUCAAUGGAAACUGGCGACAUGGCCAUGCUGGCCCAGAAGAUGUCCAAGAUGUCUGCCGAGGAGAAGAAGAAGGUGUUCAUGGCCGGCCUCAUCAAGUCCAUGUGUAAUGGCGCUCAGACCUUCAUCAGGCACGCCAAGCAGUUUGAGGAGAUGUACGUGGUCAAAUACACUGACGACAAGGAACCGACUACAACCAAGGAUCCUUUCACCUCAGAUUAGUACCACUUCGAGCACCGCAAAGUGAGAUUAUAAUUUUGCGUUAUGUCUGCUGUAAAUAAAUCCAGUGUUUUUCUUCGACAUAACUGCUGUUCGUGUAAACGUUUUACAUCCUCUGCAUUGUCCUGUGACUAUUUCCUAAAUGGACACCUCAUCUGUCAGGAUCCGCUGGUCGUGGAUUCGAAAUCCCAGAUUUCCCGAUUAGCACCCUUGGUCUCGAGGCACCCGUCUUGUACUUUUUUUUCAAAAUGGUAUACGUCAACUACCUGAGUCACGUUCGGCGCCACAUUAAACUGUCAUGCUUUAAGAGACUGAUGUUCUAACCGGUGAUACACAUAAUGCGAUUACUAACUGUCACCAAUGUAAGUUUUCUACACUGUUCAUAUCUUCUUUGCAUUUAUUAAGUUUUUAAUAGGACUUUGUACAUAUAACUACUCUGCUGAAUAAAAAGAUUUGUUAAUAAUA